CACUAGGAGCGAGGUGUGUGUGUCUCUGGUGGGUUUUGAGCCGGUGGUGGUUUAAGAGUUUAGGGAGGUUUUGGAGUGGAUUUAUGUCGGCUGGUUUUGGUUUGGCUUUGAUUGGGGCUCCGUUGAGGCUCUGCUUUUCUUCUUCUUCUGCCAUCUAUUCCCGAUUGCUCUGUGCUCUGGUUGCUCUCUACUGUGCGAUUCUCUGCCUCUACGAGCAGGGGUUGAAUCUGGUGUUCCCGUCUGUUUCGAUGCGUUUGAGACCAAAACGGACUUGUUCUGGAGUGGAGUGUUUUGGGUGUUUUCACGUAAUCCAACGGUUUUUCUAUCUUUUCUUGUUUCUUAUAGGGGCUCAUACUUGACAAAUCUUUGAUAAUCAGCAGUUUUUCAUUCUCCUUUUUGCCCUGGUACUUUGUUUUCCCUCCUUGAAACAAUUUUCCGGGUAGUUUUGAGGGGGGAUUUUGCCAAGUUUUUAACCUUUUUUCUGUGAAGAUGUCUUUGCCUGUGAAGACAUCCUUGAAUAGAAACCAGAAAAUCAGAUCCAUUUUGAGUGAAGACUCCAAAAUGACCAGGAAAGUCCGUGUUAUAUUCCAUGAUCCUUAUGCGACUGACUCAUCUUCAAGUGAAGACGAGUGCGAGGUGAGACCCCGUGCUGAGAAGGGCCAGAAGAGGAAGCGUGUCAUUCGUGAGGUCAAGCUUCCUUUCCUUGCUCUGUCUCAGGCAAAGUCUCUACAAUCUGGGAGUUCCUCUCAAUACAGCAACUCCAAGCCUGGCGCAAAUGGAAAGGGGGUUUUGGCUAAAACCCCUGAUGACACACCCAAACCGACUAAAGUGAAGAAACCUGUUGGUAUUCGUCAAAGGAAAUGGGGCAAAUGGGCUGCUGAGAUCAGGCACCCAAUAACCAAGAAGAGAACUUGGUUGGGUACCUAUAAUACCCUUGAAGAAGCAACCAACGCUUACAAUGCUAAGAAGCUUGAAUAUGAUCUGGCCGUCGCUGCUGCUUCUGAUAAAACGAGCAACAUUUCCUCUUCAGCUGCUGCUUCCCAGAACAUUUCUGGCUCCUAUACUGCUGAGGAGUCCGAGAGUAUGUUCUACUACGCUUCCCCUGUAUCCAUCCUUGAAUUGGAUACCUCUGCAUCUGCUUAUGUUUCCAACAUUGAUGACACCCGUGAUUGGAUCACAGAAGGUUAUAACUUUGUGGGUCUCUCUAUUCCUGAUUUCUGCUUUGUUGAUGAGCCAUUGGUGUCUAGUGCAGUUGAGGAAGACCUCAACUUGGGUGCAGAGUCUGAUGAUGAUUUCGUCCGCGCAAUUGAACACCACCUAUUUGGAAUACAGGGUGAUGACCCCAGUGAGCUACCCGAUGAUGAUUUCAACCCUGACGAGUUCCUUGUUGAUGGUGCCGGCCUCAAUUUUGGUAGCCCAUAAGUUUUGCAGUUAUGAAUCAGUCAAUUCCAUAUUAUUACUCAUCUGAGUUUAAAUUAUCAUAGCAAAGAACAGAUGUCAGGGCUCAUAACAUGAGUUCCUGUGAGAGUUGUUUUUCUUUUUCGGUGUUGAGUUUAAUUUAUUUGUUUGUUGAGAGAGGAAGAGAUGCAUUUGCAGAAUGAGCCUUAUUUUGUGUAGCAAGAGUCUCCUUUGGGUUUUUCCCGUGCUAUCAGAGAGCCAUCCAAGGGAUACUCUGUUUCACAGAGCUUCUGUUCUGUUGCAGAGUUUUGCCUUAAGAGAGAUUUUACAUUUUGCUCAUUUCUGGCAUCUCUAGUUUUUAUCAUGUUUAAGAGAUAGUAUUAUUUUGGAAAUGAACUAAUGAAGUCUCUGCUUAUCUUUCAUUUCUUAUUAUUGUUUGUGAAAUUGGGAAUCCAUUGAAGUCUAUUUUAACUUUCUCUGGUCCAUUCAUUAUGAGUGGAAGGAUCUUGUAGUUGGGUUUGAAAAUUACAAGUACCUAAUUCCUUGAUUCUAAAAAGUGGGUUGAAUAUGGAUUAUAUUUUUUGGCUGUCUACAUUUGUUUUUUCUAUUCUCUUUGGUGGUGAACAGGGGAAGCAUUAAGGUAAUGUGUAAAUUAAGUGGGUGUUUGGUUGUAUCCCUUUGUUAAGCAUACACAGGGUUGUAUGGGGCAUAGAGUGCUUCUAAAGCUAGCUGGAUCAUAACUGAAUGCACUAUAACUAUAAAUAUUUUUGUAACUG